AUUGAACACUUGUUUUCCAUUUUGAAAACAUCUUGGUCAAUGGUGAUGUUUUUCUCUUUUAGAAAAUGUCUAAGCCGAACUGGGGAGUGACCAGCAGCAAGGCUCUGAGGGGAUGUAAGAGAGCGAGGCUGGAGGGAUCAGAGCAUAUGUCAAAUGAGGGAGCUGCUGAUUUGCAGCCUGCUCAGAAGGAAAUUAAAGACAGCAACUAUAACGCAGCGCUGCCUAAGAAAACAAAGUGGCUCCAGAAACCGUAUGCAGCACAUGUGCUUUGGCAAAGGCCUUUGAACUCAGAUGAUGAUAAUGAGAAGAGGAGGAGGAGAAGGGCAAGAUCUCUCCCUAAGGAAGCUUCAGUUUCUGUUCCUAGUUUGCCGCUGUCUGCAGAACAAAUUCGGGUUAAAGUAAUUGACUCACUGCGUGGGAUGCUACAGAAAAGGUUGGAGGAAUCUCUUGAUCUGGAUGUCCCCGAAGACACGAUAAUGAGAUUAGCAAACAAUAUUGAGAAGGAAAUAUUCCGCCUCUUCCUUUGUGUUGACCAGCGCUAUAAAAAAAAGUACCGCAGUCUCCUCUUCAACCUGCGAGCACCAAAAAAUAAGCUCCUCUUCCAGCAGGUGGUUCUUGGUGAGGUGACGCCACAGUGCCUGGUUCAAAUGAAUUCCCUGGAGAUGGCACCAAAGGAGUUGGCAGAGUGGAGAGCCAGGGAGCACAAGCAGGUGCUGGAGGUGAUAGAGAAACAGCAGCAAGAAGCACCAAUACGUUGCUCCACAAAACUGACCCACAAAGGAGAAAUAGAGAUACACAGAGAGUUGGAAGAGAACGUCACCUUGGAAGACCUGUUUGAAUCAGUGUUAUGUAUGGAGAUGCAGCCUAUUCCCCAGCCUGCUAGAGAGUCUGAAAAAGACACCACAGACCAGCAUAAAAGUCACUUACUGGACCUGGACUGCCAUAUCUGUACUGCACAGCCAGGCCCUGAUGGGAAAGAAGGGUUUAACCCACCAAGGAACAAAUCUCUCUCUCAGAAGAAGGAAGCAGAGCUCUUCAGAAAAUUACAUUCAACCAGAGUCUGUUCAGCCAGAGGGAGCCAACACUCGGAGAACAAGAGACCUGUCUCCUCCGGCAUCCUCAGGAAGGAGCCAAGGCUGCAGAAGCCCCUGGAUAAGAGCACAGUGCUGUGGGAAGGAUCCAUUCAGAUGUUCAGCAUCAAACAGUUUUCAGCCAAAGCGUAUCUGGUUUCAGGCUACGGCAGCCACCUUGUUCAAGCUCUACCAGCACAGAUCCAGUCCAGGGGCUGUAUUCUCCCGGAGGACGUCUGGGAUUUUUUAGACAUCAUCUGGCCAGCUGAAGCCAAGGAGAUGAGUGUGAUACGAUUCUGCCCUGCUGUGGCCCAGGCCAUGGGCACUUACAACAUGCUCUACACAUAUUUGAACAACAAGCAGAGAUAUGGCAUUGUGGACAGCAAGCAGAUGGAAAUGUUCCUGGUGCCUCUGCCAGCCUUCCAGCCCGUUCCUGCCAAAUUCCACCCCCAGGGAGGCCCAGGUCUUGAAGCAAAUCAUUCUAGUUUAUUAUUAGGGCUGAUCCUCCCAAAGGCCGCUCCUGGAAAGGCCCCUGCGAGGAGCCUAAGGCCCAGUCUCUCGACCGGAACCAGGAGGAAGAAAGUUACUUUUAAAACCAACCUCGUGACCGAAUGCUUUCCACUUGCACCACAGAGUCCUGGGAGCAGACAGGAGCUGGCCCCUGCACCCCUGAGCAAGCUGCUGUUUAGCAGUGAGUGUUCCCCACUGAUUUCUCAUGGCCCCGAGCUCCUGACAUUUGAGAAUAUGUUCACUCUCGGUGUGGCAGCAGGUGACGUCUUACAUGAAGAGACGUUGUUUGGGGCGUCUGCUUCUCCGUGCCUCCAAACCAGAGGGGAGGAAGCCAACAAAUACAUCCAGAAUGGGGCUCUCCAUUCACUUGGCCACUUCUGCGUGAAUCAGGAAGCUGGUGGAGAGCAGCAGGAUGUGACGGGGGAGCUGCAGGUGGUUGUAGCACCAGACACCUCCCAGACCUGGAAUACUGGACUGUUGCAUCCAUGGUCCUGUUGUCCCGAUGAGGAGGGUGGCAGUGCUGCCUUCAAUGCCAACAUGUGUGCUGUUCCCCAAUUAUCAAUCAUGUUUUUUCCUCAGCCUGAUUCCCACGAGUCUUCUGCUGCUUUGCACCUCCAAAAUCCCGUUGCGACUGGAGACUCCCACCCAGGUGGCCCCAUAGAGGAAGCAUUGUCUCUGAUUCACCAGCUGGAGGCACUGGUGCAGCAGAAUUCACAGCUCCAGAACCAGACCUUUCCGUUUCCUUCCGUCGAUGGUGCACCUCAGAUGGCAGGAGGAUCCACGUUUCCACCAGCCUAGCAUGGAAGUAGUUGUGCCCCCAGCUCUGAAUGAUCCUUCUACCCUUGCGAUUCUGAGUGUACGUAUGGAAAUACAUCUUCCACUCCUAGCAUCCUUCCCUCCUGGACAGAGCUCCCUGUUCCAUACUUUCUCUUGCUUUCAAAUCCUAUUAACACUUAAUGUAAAAACAACCAAAUUGGAUUAGUGGCUUUUUAACUAUCGUGCGUAGGGCCAAUUACAACUAAACGUAAUGUGCUUUUGGCUCUGGUAUAAUUAAAACAACACUGACUUGCCAUCUUGUAGAUCAAGAAAAAUAUGAUAUUGCGGACUGUGUAUGGAUAGAGAGAUCAGAACCCCUCCCUUCCCCCUCAGUUAAAUCUUACUAUAAAGUCCGAUUUAUGUGCUGUCUUCACAGCUGUUGGGCAUUUAUAUUACCACGGCCAAGGUUUAAUAAUUAACAUGAUAUGCCGAUGACCCACGGACCCUACGAUUUCAGGAUGUUAAACGUUUCACUUUUGAUAUCAAAACACAGCAUGCCAAACAGUAUAGGAAGUAAAUCCCCAUUCUGGGCAUUCAUCGCCAUGGAAAACCACCAGCACGACUGACCGAAUGUGCUCCUUGUGCUUGAAAGCAGCAUCGUCCCAAGACCAAGUUUGCAAUUGCUCCUAGAAGGUGCAGCAUCUGGCUUGCUGACAGUCCCCCAUAGACUGCUUGGGAGGUUGCGGAUUGCUUGAAACGUGCCCAUAAGGCAAGGUGGCCUCUGAGGCUAUUCCACCCGCACCAAGAACAGAUGGAAGAACAUGAAGGCAUCUCGGCGUGUCGGCAGCCACCUGGUGGGGGGAGUGGAAGCAGAGACAGAGUAAGUGCCAUGGUGCUUCAACCUGAGAGGGGACUUGCUCUCUCUGCUUUCUGUGGCUGCAACAAGGAAUGAGGGACCGUUUCUCUGAGCAUUGAGACUCAAGGAAGCACUUUGCAAGGCAGGGCUUGAGGCAUUUUUUGUACCUGUUCAGAAACUAUUUACCUCCAGGAGAAGAGGGUGACCUUUUUUUUUUUUUUUUUUAAUGACCUCUGGUGCUCUUUGGACUUUAACCCUGUAGGAAAGGUUUUCAGGGGACCUUUUUAAAACAAUGAUAAGAGCAUAAGCAGCAUUGCCCACUGGCAGAAUAAUAUUGAGCUGCUAACAGUUUUAACUUUACUGUGCAAGUACACAAAAUGUUUUUUUUUAUAUUUAUAGUACUUGUGGGUUAUUUUUUUAAGUGGUUAUUUAAGCACAUAAAUCUCGGGAUCUUCAUGGAGGAUGGGCACUGUGUGUCAGUUGUUUGAGGCUCCUUCAUUUUACAUUGUCCCAGGACAGGAUUUUAAAAAUCUCUCAUGUUCUUUGACCAGCAGGCACCAGCCGUGCUAGAAGACAAGGGUUCAAAUAUAGGCUGGAUGCUGAGGUGACCUUCAGCUUGGGGGAAAGCCAGAAUGGUAGAUUGUUCUGUUUUUAUGUUACGGACCUUGCAGUGGUUUUGAAAUAAAUAUAAAGGUUAAACCCCCA